ACCAUCAACUGAAAAAGGUGAAGGAGAAGAUUGGGAAGGCAUUUGAGGGUGAUUGCAAGAUGGAAUAUGGUAAAUUAUGGGAUUAUGCUGCAGAGCUUCAAUCGAAAGACCCUGCUGCCACCAUCUUUAUAUCGGCAUCAAGACCAACUACAGAUUUAAAUCCUGUUUUCUUAAGGAUGUACAUAUGUUUUUCUGCAAUGAAGCUGGGAUUUGUAGCUGGCUGCAGGUGUGUUAUUGGUCUUGAUGGUGCCUUCCUUAAAGGAGCGUUCAAAGGAGUAUUGUUGGUUGCUGUUUCUAGGGAUGCAAACAACCAGAUGUAUCCACUUGCAUGGGCAGCCGUGGAAGGUGAAACCACAGAGACAUGGAUCUGGUUCCUUGAGGAGCUGCAAAAAGACAUAGUGAUUGGAUCAGGGAGUAAUUUCACAUUCAUUUCUGACCAACAGAAGGGCUUGAUACAUGCAAUUGAGGAUCUAUUUCCAGAUGCUGAGCAUAGAACAUGUGCUAAACACAAAUAUGCCAACUUUCGAAAGAAUAAUGGAGGCAAAGAAUUGAAGGUAGCAUUCUGGAGAUGUGUUAAGGCUAACACUGAACAUGACUUCAACAGGGCAUUAACUGAGUUAGGGCGUAUUAAACCAAGUGCAGUCCCUGCCAUCAUGAGCACACACCCUAGGUUUUGGUCAAAGGCUUUCUUCAAAGAAGAUAGUAAAUGCGAUGUUGUCGAUAACAACAUGUGCGAGGUUUUUAAUGGUUUAAUACUGGAAGCAAGGCACAAGGUCGUAUUCUCUAUGCUGGAAGACUUACGGGCAAUGUGUGGCCGGAGGACGGUGGCUAGGAGGGAAUAUGUUAAUAGGAAAUUUGUUAGGAAUUUUGGUCCCAAAAUUUGGGCAAAAAUUGUUGCUGCCCGAGAAGGUAGCAAGAGAUGCAGACUUUUAUGGCCUGGUGGUGACGGGUAUGAAGUUGAUGAUAAUGGGGAGGCAACUUAUAUUGUAAAUGUGGAGAGAAAGACAUGCACUUGCAGAGUUUGGAAUAUGACUGGAAUACCAUGUAGGCAUGCAGUUACUGUGAUCAACCAUAGACAAGAGAAUGAUGAGGACUAUGUAGCACACUGCUACAGCAAGCACAUGUUCAUGGCAAGUUAUGAAUAUGAAGUCCCAGUCAUAGAAGGAAUUAACCAAUGGAAGGAAACUAAAAUGCCACCUAUGCAACCACCAAAUCCAAGAAAGAUGCCUGGCAAGCCAAAGAAGAAACGACAGCUGGAAGAAUGGGAGGGGAAAACAUCUGUUGGCAGAAAAGGGAGGUUGAUGACCUAUCAAAAAUGCUUCAAAAGGGGGCACAACUCUAGGUCAUGUAAAGGAGUUCCACCAAACGUUCAAGAACAAAAUGAGGAUCAAGCAACUCCCCAAGAAGAGCAGCCUCAAGGUGUUGAUGAAAACAUUACAGCUAAUGUGGAAAACUCAAUGAGCCAAGUGGAGGAUCCUCUUAGUCAAGUUCUUAAUGAGACACCUACUCCAAAUAGAUUCAGGCAAACAGCAAAAAGAAAACAGGAGGUUGUAAGUGUGAAGGAAGCUCAAAAAAUGCACAGCCACGGAAGAGGGCUAAAAAGGACUGUGCAACAACAACCACAGGCCCCUCCCAAUCACAAGCAGCAACUACUUCAGUCGCCAAAGAUAAAAGGGAAACAACCAAAGAAGCCACGACAGCCAAAGAAGCCACGACAGCCAAAGAAGAAACCCUGAAUGGCUGCAAAUGCAUCAAAGUGAGAUUAAUGAAGAUUGAUUUUUUGGUAUUUUGUUAGGUUGAAUAUGUUGGGGUGAGCAUAUUUUGUGUGGAGUUGUCUUUUGUGUAUAACAAUUAUGGUUGGUUGGAAAAUGUAGUUAUUGGUCUAAUGUGUAGUCCAUUAUUGUAUUUUUUGCUUAGGAUUUAUUUGCAAAAUUUGCAUAGGUUUGUAUGUAUGAAACUGCAUUCAUGCAAUUGUUGUAAACACUGCAUGUUGGAAUGGUAUGCACUGUGUAUAAGUGCUUAU